GGGCGGGCCUUGAGUGACGUAACAGGGAGCAAAAGGCCAGCGGGCUCAGCCGGAGUGGGCUCUGCUAGCGGGGGAGGCCUGUUUAUCUUCGAAGCUGCAGCUUGUCUCCUUAAGGCAUGAAGGAAGAUAAGGAGAAUACCAAACCCAGGGAGAAGAAAGUGGAGGUCAAAUAUGAGGAAAGGGCCGAGAAACCCGAAAAGAAGGAGAAAAAAGAGGUCUUGACCAAGGUGGUGAUCCGUCGUUUGCCUCCAAGUCUGACAAAAGAGCAAUUAGAAGAGCAACUUGCCCCUUUGCCUGAGCAUGAUUAUUUUGAAUUUUUCUCUACCAAUUCAAGUUUGUUUCCACACAUCUUUUCAAGAGCGUACAUCAACUUUAAAAAUCAAGAUGACAUUGUCCUCUUCAGGGAUCAAUUUGAUGGCUAUGUUUUCAUUGAUAGCAAAGGGCAGGAGUACCCUGCUAUUGUAGAAUUUGCACCUUUUCAGAAAAUUCCAAAAAAGAAGAGCAAGAAGAAAGAUGCAAAAGUGGGCACUGUUGAAGAUGGUAUGGAUCCUUUACAUUUUAGUGAUGAUCCUGAAUACAAAAAGUUUUUGGAGAGUUAUAAUAAUGCAGAUGAUGAAAAAAAUUCAAACAAUCCUGAAACACUUCUGGAGGAAAUUGAAGCUAAAACUAAAGAGUUAGCAGCUAAGAAAACCACACCCCUUCUGGACUAUGUGAAAAAUAAACAGAGAAUAAGAGAGGAAAAAAGAGAAGAAAGGAGGAGAAGAGAGUUGGAAAAGAGGCGACUCCGUGAAGAAGAAAAGAGAAAGUGGAGGGAGGAUGAAAGACGGAAAAGGAGAGAAGCAGAGAAGCAAAAGAAGAUGUUAGAAAAAGGAUUUGAAAAAGACAAGGACAGAUCAAAGGAUGAGCCAAAGAUAAAACUUCUGAAGAAGACAGAUAAAGGGGAUGACUCUAGUUUAGAAAAGCCAAGGGAGAAAGUGAAGAAACUGGAGAGAGAGAGAGCUAAAGAGGACAGACCAUUCACUGGACAGGGUAAACGCCUGGAGAGCUCCAUCAAGGAAGAUAAAGGAAAGAAGCAUGACAGGGUUGAAGAUGAUGGUGGAAGAGACUACCGAGAUAAAGAAGAUCGGGAACGUGAGAGAAGGCUAAAGGAGAAAGAGCGUCAGAAACGGCAGGAUGAAGAACGGUGGAAGCCAAGGGAGCGAUGUGAGGCAGACAAACCUUUCAGAAAGAAAGAUGAAGAGAUUAAGAAGGAAAAGGAUCAAACAAAUGAGAAGACCAGGAAGAAGGAAAGCUCAGAAGCUGCAUCAAGUUAUGACCGGUUGGAGAAAGGAAAAGAGGAGAAGAAGGAGGAUGGUACAGCAAAGAAGGAACGAAUCCGAAAUAAGGACCGUCCAACUAUGCAGCUGUACCAGCCAGGAGCACGGAGUCGUAGCCGGUUAAUGACCUGUGCAAAGUCUAAUGACAGCAGCAUAAAGCCACCAGAAGCAAGUGAGGAGAAAAAGGAGGAAUUUGAGGCUUCCAGGAAUUUUGCAGAAAAGGAAAGUGAAGAAUGAAAAGGCUGCUGCUAGUUCAAGGGUUGAGCAGUCACAGCACACUAACCAAGUGCGGGGAAGUCCAAAAGUGUGCUUAUUGGAGAGGAGUUCAGAGAACAAGGCUGGUGUGGAUUUCUUGUCAGAUAAAAUGUUUGAAACUGGUAAUUUCCCUAUUUUAAGAAUGGAGGUCUUGUUUUGCCAUCAUGAUUGUGACCAGGCACUAAAGUGCAAGAGCAUUGAUUGCGGUUGGAGGUUAACUGGGAUGUAAAUUAGACAUUGCGCUUGCUAGGCAGGUGCUAAUGACUCUGAAAAUAUACUAGUCAACAGCUUUUGAUAUGAUAUUAAUGACACACCCCAUCAUUUGCUUCAGCAGGCAGAUGGCAAGUAAAGGAAAUGCUCUGUCAGCUACAGCAGAAUUAUACCAACAAAUGCUAGUAACAUACCUAGGUCCUAAGUUAAAACAUAAGUUUGGUGCACCAUUUACUGAUUAUAGCAUGGGAGACCAAAUUCUUAGUGGCCUUAUCGACCUUUUCAUUUGCAGAAUGAAUGAAAAGACCUGGGGUGGGGUGUGGAGGCAAUAGGCAAAAGUAGCAUUUUUUUUUCACACUUGUCAUACGUGCUGCAUCCUAGGGUUAGACUUGUCCAAGUUUCAGUCGCAAUUUGUAUUGAAAGGACUAUGUUGAGGUGAUGUAAUUCUUAGUUCCAUUCUGCUACCUUUUAGAAAUUUAGUUACUAAGUUAGUGAUAUCUGUGAAAAGCAUGGAAGAUUCUAACUUUAUACAUUUCCUGUGCCAAUCCAGUUUUUUUUAAAAUUGUAUCCCGUCAUCCAGCUAUGUAUACUGUACGUAUAAGAACUAACUGGAAAAUAGUUGGAAGUUAUUCGUGCAUCAUCAAAAAUUUGCUUUUGAUGUACCUCUGUUUCAUUCAUGGCACUACUCAUUACCUUUGGCAAUCUGGCAGUAUCAUUGCCUGGCCAUCCAGCAGAGGGUGCUGAUAACACACAAACCUGGCGUUUUUAAUUAUAGCUGUUUAACCUUGUGGAAACCUGUUUGGAUGGAUAGGCGUGUGCACUUUUUAUUAAACAAAGGUACUGAAAUGGUCCAAUUCUGCAGUAGAAAAUUCAUUUGAGAGUGGGUUGGGGUGCAGUGAUUUUCUUGGGAAAAGGGAGAAAGGAAAUCUGUUCAGUAGCCAGUUUUAUUUUGAAGAUUCUGCUUGUGAAUAGUUAACUAGUUCUGGAUCAUGUAUGGUUAAAAUGAGCAGGCACGUAUUGAGCCUAUUUCUUGAUUCCUGGUUUGUUACAUUGCUGGAUUUUUUUUUAAAGACAUUUGCUGGACAUUGCACAAGAACUUAUAAUAAUCAAAAAGAAACUAAACUCAAAAACAGUUGGUUUUAGUUUUCGCACAACAUCGGAAAGAUUAAUAAGUUGGUGGUACAUUCCAAUUGUACAGUUGCUGAAACAAUUCUUUCAGAGCUCUGCUUUUGCUUUAUUUUUAUGUUUUAAACAGCAUUGAACACCUACAAUCAAUAAAUACCAAUAGCAAAAUGUGUGCAGUUCUGUUUUAUCCAGAAGUUGACUUUUGACAUUAUCCUUUAUUAACAGAGCGUAUUUCUAGAUAUCAGAACCUUACAGCUUUAAAAAGGCCUUUCAGUUCAUUGGGCUUAUGCAAAAGUUAAAAGAAGUGUCUUUUUCUAGGUAAAUCUUCAAGUACAGACCCAAUUGCUUUUUAAAAUCCCUGUGGAAUCUAAAUCCAUAAUCCAGAUCUUAACAAUUUUCUUGGGAGGAGUGGGGAGAGAGAAGAAUUAGGGAGACUCCCAACCCCACCCCAAAGUUUUGGUCAGUGUGUAAAUCUAUGGAUUUUUGAGGUACCAUCAUUUUGCCAGAGGAAAUGGCUUCUCUGUAUCUGCUGUCAAAAACACUUUGUAAGCCAAAUGUGUUAUCAUCUGUGAUAGAUAUUUACAAUCUGACUGAACCUAAUAGCAAUUUGGCUCUCAAAGGUGAUGGCUAUGAAGCCAACAUCAAUUUCUUCUUUAACGACAAAAAGACCACCUCUCCACACCAUUUGCUCCAAGGAAAGAACACCAUUAAACUCUUUCUCGUGUGCUCGUGCUCUCCCCUCCCCAUACGUGUACUCCCAGGAACCCAGAUUGAACUGAAAGGUCCAGUAUCCAUCUCUGUAGUGUUUCUUUGUCUAAAACCCAUUAUUGAACUCCCAAACUCUACUGGCUGAGGUUGCAAGUGCGGAAACUCCUGCUGCACUUCUGCACAAAGUAAAGCUAAGUGCAAGAUCUCCGCUAAACCUGCCCCUUUGCAAGCAAAAUAAGUUUACCUAUUAAAAGCUAACCUUUCUGUAGGUAAGGUCACUGCUCAAACUGAGAGAAGAGCAGUGCUAGUUCUACCUGGUGGAAUUUGAACAGUGCCUUUAAUAGGCUCGGGAACAAUGUGAAGGAUUACUUCACUCUAGUUUGUUAACCAGAAUGUAAAUAGGAAUCUCCAUUGGAGAUGUGCACAGGAAAGAUAAAGGAAACCUAUAUUGCAGGGGUCGACAAUAUGUUGAUUGCAAAGAGCUUACUUUCUGUCAAUGAUUAGCUUGCAUUAAAGUUGGAAAAUAACCAAUAGAUUACAGAAUUAGUCAUAUUAAUUUCCUGCCACAUAACAGUUAACUAGUUUUUCAAAACUGGUGGGCAGUAAGAGAGAUAGCCAGGCAGGAAGAAGAAGCCAAAUAGUGAAGGAAGAGUGGAAUCACUGCUGACACCAACAGCUGGAGAGGCUGCCAGGGGAAGCCGAGUCCAGAGAGUCUGAAGGUGUUUCUGAGUGACCCAGAGAGCAGGCACUGAGCUAUCCAGUGGACAGGAGGCCAGUUUCCUAUCAUUUUAAAUUUCAUAUUUUUGUAAUUCAACUGCAAUACCCUUUUCAAUUUAUAUUUUUUCCAUGUGUUCGUAAGCUGUAAUAUUUUUCACCAAUAACAAGUACUUCUCUUUUGAGAAUGGUUGGUCACCUCUGCUGUAUUAGUUAGAAGGAAAGUAUAAAUGUAAAGGCAUGUACCGUGAGGAAUGUGUAAGACAUUGUGGUAGAUCUGGAAAGGGAAGCGUUCCCACGGGCAGACAACAGGAAGUAAAUUAACCAUUUCUCUGCUUAACUGCAGCACAGCUGCUGCAGCCUACUGUGGCUUUCCCCUUUUAUCUAUGGGUUUGUUGUUGCUCACGAACAAAUACCGCCUUAAGUGUCUACCAUUAGUGAUGUCAAAAUUCACCUCUUUGAAUGUAUCAAUCUGACAGGAAUUAAAGUCAAGUGACUUAUUUUAAGAUUGCCAAGAGAAUGUCAGCAUGAGCUUUAAAACCUUUGGUAAAUGCUUCAAUGUCACUUCCUGACAUCAAUUAUAAAAUAACUGGAGCCAAGAACAAUUAAACAGAGAACUCCUUAAUGGUGUCUGCAAUCCCAAUUGGUCUAAUCUUUUGUUCUCAUUAGUAUGCGAUACUCACCAUUGCUUGUGCAAAUACUACUUGAGGACAAGAUUUAAUCUAAUCAUUAAUUAACUUUUCCUUCAUUAGAUAAUACAAUACAGAAUCUAGACAGGUCCAGGCAGGUCCAGUCUGUCGACUGCCUGCCCCUCUUCUGCGGUUACGUUUUGAGUCCGGGUAUCAUUGGUGAGGGAGCAUGUGGUGUCCACCAAUGUUCCCUGCCUUUAGUAAGAGGUGGGCACAGCGGGGGAUGGAGUGCUUUAUUUUGCCCCUCCAACUCUCUUGAUUUGGUCCCUUCCUUCUCUCCCUUCACUCCCCACUUCACUUUUUUUCAAGUAAGCAUUACCCUUUUAGGGCUUUACUUAUUAAUGUUUCAGUAGCCUCAUGCGUGCUUUCCUGGUGGAGCGAAAAUAUAAAGUUUUACCACAAAACAAAUAUAGUAAUUUAAGCUGUGGAACCAGCAAACUGCUGGUGUCUGUAGGACUUUUUCCCCAUGUACUUUACUACUAAUAGAAGAGAGGAAGGGGUACAAGGAAGAUGUAUUGGAACAUGUUUUAAUACAUUUGUGUUAGACAUGAGUUGAGUUUGUGGUGUACUACAAUGGCUUCUGAUCCACUGAUACCUUUUGUUUUUAAAUCCUCAUCUCACCCACACUCCCUCACCCAAUCUCCAUUUCUGUCACAUCUUUCAUCCCUACAAUUCUUUCGAUAACUGCAUUCCUAUAUCUUUGGCCUUUUGUGCAUUUGUGUCCUUUUGUCCCAUCUCUUGUGGCUUUUCCUGCAAGUGUCUUGGUUCUAAGUUCGUGUGAAGUACCUUGAAACAUGUUACUCUAUAAAUAUGCUAAGUUAUUUUGGGAAGUGGACUGAGCCAAGGGUGGUAACCUAGAAAACACGAGUGGAAAAGCCUGGAACUGAAAGAGAUUCACCUUUUAUUUAAAUAUUUUAAAAGGUGGUUUCUUUAGAAUGUGACUAUCUGAGGGUCUAUAACUCUCAAAUCUGCGUCCAAAUCCUUUCCGUUUUCUUAAAUCACACCAAUGCUAUCAUACUUUUUUUUUUGGCUGUGGACCCUAAACUCUGCAAUUCCUUGCUCGAGACCCUUUCCUCCUUUCAAGAUGAUCCUUAAUGUCUUUUACCAAGUUUUUUUAAAUUUGCCUGACCUCAUACGUAGCCUUGUAUUGUGUUGUUUGAUUACUCCUGUGAAGUGCCUUUGGGAUGUCAUCAUACUGGUGACUAACAGACUGAAAGGUUAUGUAGAAACCCUGUUCUUGUAUCUUUUCAUUCUUUACUUUGGCUUUUCGUUUGGAUAGCUAGCCCACAUUUACUCUGGUGGAGAGCAAUUGAUUUUUGGGCUCCCUGAAAAUGCUUCACUAUAACGAAUCUUUUGUUUAACACUUGCUGAUUUUGUUUGCUACCUAUGGCUGUUCCUGCAUGGUGUUCUCCACUUUAAAUGCCACUAGGUUUUUUGUAAUUUAAAUUUGUAUGCAAUUUCUACUUCAAUUUUUAACCAUUCCAGACUUGUACAUGGACUGGUGCCAUGAAUAAUUAUUUAAAGAAGCAUAGACAAAGACUUUAAUCAAUAUUUCCACAAAGCCUAUCUGGCCAAAGUUGCUCUAAUUCUUGAAGCAUUUAAAAGUGACAGACCCAAAGGUGACAACAUCUCCCGUUGUUUCUGGAGAAGGGUCCCGACCUGAAACGUCAGCUUUCCUGCUCCUCUGAUGCUGCCUGGCCUGCUGUGUACCUCCAGCUCCACACUUUUAUCCCAUUGUUAAUGCCGUUUUGAUUUUUGCCAAUUGAUUUGCUUUGCAACAGCCUGCCUUUGAUGUACCUCCAAUUGUUAUCUCACUUUAGCUGCAUUCUUUUGGGCUGAUUCAAUGAUACAGUGUGUGCUGGAAGCAAACCUCACUCCCACUGUUCAGUUGGACUGAGUGCAGGAAUUGCAAAGUUCCAAAAUCAGUAAAGGGGUAACAUUUUUAAGUUUUUGGAAACUUCACAAAAAGCAUAAAUCCUAAUGGAACGCAGCCUCGUGCAAAUUGAUCCUAUGCCAAAUUCUGAAAUCAGUUCCACCUGCUUAUUCCUUCAGUGCUACUUGCCAAUAAAAACCAGGUGCUCUGCCCUUGUUUCAUGUUUCAUGUGUGUACUUGUUGCACAAGGUUACAGUUAUUUGAAGGGGUUGUUCCUCAACUUCUGGUUGCAAUUCAACCCCGUGUUCCUGACCUUUGGCCACUCCUGUCUUGUUGGGGAGAAGGGGUGGUGGGAGCAUAUCUUCAUAGCCAUUAACAGGUCAAGUGGAAUGAACCAGGCAAGGAUCAUUAGAUUGACUGUCUGCCUCUCUUCUAUGGUCAGGUCCACACCCGAGUGGUGUCUACUGUAUACGUGGAGCCCUCUGUCUGAUGGGCAGGAGCUGGGGAGUGCAGCAUCACUUCCUGAAAUAAGAUUUUGAUUUAAAUUUGUUUCCUUACAAAUUCAGUUUUUAUUACAGUGUCCUGUUAAGGACUUAUUCAGUUAUUCAAUCACUUGAAUAUAAACAAGUCACUGCUGGGAUUUUGUUUUAGUCUUUGGAAGUUUAAAUUUGAAGCAUAUGACUUUUCACCAUUUUUAAUGAUUGAUUUAUUCAGCAUUUUUGGAUAGCUAGUUCCUGCAUUAGUUACUGCUGUUGGACAGCUGUUUUAUUGCAUGACUAGAAUGUUGUUGUGCAAUCCUCUCAAUCUUUGCAGCUGGGAUUUCAGUAUAGCAAGCUAAUUUUCAGCAUUGUAAAAGUUUCUGACAUUCUGGUGGUAAUUCUAGAUUUGAAGGGGAGGGCGGUGGUGGGAAAGGAAACAAGCAAACCAGAUGUGAUUGUGACAAAUCUCAAAUAAUAAUUCUUUUUGUCAGAACUAAGGAAAGGUUAUGCCACAGAAAGAGGCCAUUCAGCCCCUGGUGUCUGCACUACUGUUUUGUAGUUGUUUUUGUGUACUCUUGAUAUAGAUGACCUUCCAUAGCAAAGUCAGCUUUUAUUGAUCCUUAGUUGACUUUAAAAAGAUGGUGGUGAACCUCUGAAUUUGACUGCUAGGGUUGAAGUGAAGGUACUCCCACAGUACUGUUAAGGAGUAUGUACUUCUGAUUUUGGCGGUGUGGCAGCAAAGUCCCUUAGGACUCAGCUUGCUUAAUCAGUAGUACUGCUGCCAAAACUUCAAAGAAUUACGUAUCUGAACCCCUAGGUCCCUCUGUUCUACAACACUACCCAAGGCCCUACCAUUAAUUGUACAAGUGUUUGUUGUACAAAAAUGCAAUACCUCACUGUUUUUCAGCUCAUUGACCCAUUUAAUCAAGAUCCCUUUGUCAUCUUAGAAAACUUUCUUCCCUGUCUUCUAUGCCAUCAACUUUGGUGUUGUCUGCAAACUUACUAAUCAUGCCUUCUGCAUUCUCAUCCAAAUCAUUACAUCAGGUACCUCACCUGUAGUUAUAGAAUGUUGCAAAUAUUGCUGAAAGAGGUCUCACAAUUUCCUCCCUUAUUUCCCACAGUAUUCUGGGAUACCUUAGGUCAGGUCCCAGAGAUUUAUUCACUUUUAUAUUCUGCAAGACCUCCAGAACUUCCUCUUCUGUAAUGUGAACUGUUUUUUUGAAACAUCAAAAUUUAUUUCUUUGCAUUCUCUAGCCUCCAUUUCUUUCUUCACAGUAAAAACGGACACAAUAUUCAUUCUGAAGCAUUCACAACAAACUUCAACCAGAUCUGUUAAGUAAUGAUCUGUUUAUGCCUCCAGCAGUCCCUAGCAUCACAGAUGCCGGUUAGCCAAUUUGAUUCGCUCCACGUGUUAGAGAAAUGAUUGAAGGCACUGGAUAUUGCAAAGGGUAUGAGCCCUGACAACAUUCUGAAAAAAGCACCAAAGAAUUGUUCUCUGGAAACUGCCACACCCCUACCCAAGCUGUUCCAGGACAGCUACAAUACUGGUAUCUACCUGACAAAGUGGAAAACUACCCAGGUAUAUCCUGUACACAAAAAAAGCUUGUUCUGAUGCCAUGAUAUUUGAUGUAUUUUCCCCAAUUAGUGCCAGAUUUCAGCAGCCUAAAUGUUCUAUUGCAAUUUGAUUUACUUACUAGCAUUGGGGUUGGAAUAUAUUUUAGAUCUGAGUUGCUUUGGUUAAAAUUAAGGAUGACUCACUCUGGGAAGUUCCAAAAUUACAAAGUGUACAGAAAAUGUACUUAAUUGGCUGUACAUGCUCUUUAGGUACCAUAUCAAUGCAGUUUUUUUAAAGCCCUAGAGAAGUGAUACUACAGUAGACCUACACCAUCUUUUCAUUGUCAGAGUCGAUAUGAAUGAGAAUUAACAAUUUACAGUUCAACCUUUGAAUAUUUCCUCCACACUGCACUUACCAGAGUCCAUCUUGUAAAUGCAAUGCUCCAGCGCAGAGCUUUGCAUUGUCAGCUCCAAACAUAGAUCAGGAAUUGGGGAACUGAUUAAUUGGGCAUUCAUAAAAAUGCAUGCUGCUGCUCAGUUUUUAAAAUUCUAUCCUGUCCUGUUAUCACUGAUUUAAUUUGAAUUGAAAGUGUACUUAUUAUUAUUAAAAUAAUAGACAAGAAGUAAUAGCAGUCAGAGUAUACACACUGGCACAAAUUCAUUAAUCAUCCCUCUGCUGAUGUCAUAUACAAUAAUUUCUAAAUAGCUUUGAAUCCAGUACUAGGAAAUAAUUUGAAAUGAACAUUCCUAGACUUACAGAUUCACUAUCUGUUUCUUUUCCUCUAACCCCACAACCUUCCAAGAUAGCUGCCUUCCUCCAAUUCUGGCCUGCUAGGUGUCUUUGAUUUUAAUUGCUAUGUCAUUUGAUAACUGUUCCUUCAGCUGCUUUAGCCCCAAGGCCUUAGAAUUCUUUCCCUGAACCUCUCUAUUACCCCCAUUGUGCCCCCAACAUCUUUACAACACUCCUUUUAAAAAAAAAAAAACCUCUCCUCUUCAAGCAAGCUUUAGGCACUUGCCAUAAAAUCACCAGCU